CGUGAGAUGGGAUAAUAUAAGAAUAUUGAGGAUUUGAGGUUUGAGUAGUGGCCGUUCUGUUAAUUCCGACCUCAUAGCAAGGACCAAUGAAAUUCUGGAAGCAAGGCUGGUCGGCACUUCGGCUCCUGGGUGAUGCAUGACAGCGUGGACCAGACAAUAACUCGUCGGAGAAAUUGGGGAAGCGACAGGAUUCCGGCUGCCGGUUAUUGCCGGACUGAGACUGGAAAACAGGGAGUGACUGGUACGAAGCAAACGAAGGAUGCGAUGUGGGAUCGUAUCGAGGAGAAGUUCUUCACGACGAUGAAGAAGGACGGCUCCUACCGAACCCAGGACCAACUCACUUCCAAAUGGAGCCACAUCAACAAAAAAGUCCGAAAGUUUAUGGGAGUUUACGAGGAUUGCUCCCCGUCCCGGAGGAGCGGCACGAACGACGCCGAUGUUCUCCGGCUUGCCAAGACCCGGUAUCAAGACGACGGGAACCAAGUCAAGGUGCCAAUCGAUCUUUGGAGGAUUUUGAGUCGUUCCCCGAAGUGGCAACAACUCAACAAUCCCGACGGCGGAUCGUUCCGGAAAAGAUCCAUCGUCGACGCCGAGGUUGAGGUCGACGAGACUAUCGGUUCUACCGAUCAAAUCCCUUCCUUGAACGCUGCGGAUUCCGAUGACGAAGACCCCAUUCCACGGCCGAUCGGAAGAAAGAAGGCAAAAUCCAUUGCCUCUGGUUCGGGAGGGUCUGCCUCUGUUUCCGCUUCUCCCCGCGACGAAAUCGGCCGGGCAAUGAUUGAACAACUUCGGGUGUUCAAUCUCCAAGAACAAGAGAGGUUGAAGCUUAAAGAGAAGGAGUUGAAGCUAAAGGAGCAGGAGGCCGAGAUGAAAGUCAUGCAAACCGACCCCAGGACGUUGUCGGAGUUUGGACGAAUUAUCUACGAGCAAAGAAUGAGAGAGAUCAAGGAGAAAUAUAAUUUACCUUGGUUUUUUUUAUUAAUCCCCAAUUCUGCUAUGUUUGGUAUUCAACUUUGCAACAAAAGUAAGAUAUUGGCGGCGCCGGCAAGGGAUCGACAACAGUGGCGGCGAAUUUGGGUGGUGACAGUGGUGGCGUCGUCUCGGUGGCGGUUGCAUGGUAGCUGAGCCGGCAGAGGAAAGAUACAAAAACAAAAAAAAAGGCAGCGGCGACAAGGGUUCUUGGGAGGAAGAAAGAAAAAAGGACAAUAAAAAGAUACGGGGUAAAAGAGAAGAAAAAGGAAAAAAGGAAAGAAAAAGAAAAAACAGUGUUAGAAUUUUAAAAUAAUUCAAAUAUAUGUAUAGAUAAUCCAUGGAUUAUAAAUAAUUUGCUAGAAUCCUA